AAUACGUCGAUAGCGAGUAUUAUAAAAAUUAGUUUUAGCCUAGGUAAGGAAAUCGUCGCCCUAGGUAUAGUAGAAAUAAAAACGUACUUUAGAAUAAUAACUUUCUAUAUUUUACCUGUUAAUACCCUAUUUCUCCUAUAUUUAAAAGACAUAGAUCGACUAAAUAUUAUAUUUAAUAAUACGAAGAAUAGAAUCUCUAGUAAUAAGCACUUUAAGAUAGUCGAACGACGAUAG